AUGUCAGGUUCGAUUGGCAAGCACGCAGGCGUCCCGGCGGGCAGAGCUCGUCGACAAGUUCAACAGCUCGACCAGGCGCCCGUGUGCGGCUUCAUCGGCAAGCGUCGCAACGUCGGCAAGCACCUGUCCUUUGCCGACCUGACCACGCCGUCGGGUGAGGUCGUCCAGGUCUGCUCCAGCGCCGACACCGACGCCGCUGCCCACGAACGCUUCCGCCAGAUCCCUGCACUUGCGCCCGUCUCGAUCCACGUCCGCGAUCCCCCGAAGUCCGAGCAGCCGGACGAUGGCAAGCGCACCGUCUACCUGCGCGACAUACGGGCCCUGAACAGCGUCCCCAAGGACCUCAUCGUCACGUCCGACGUCCAGUUUCCGCAGACCAAGCGCCACCUGCAGAUCCGGUUCCACCCCGAGCUGCAGGCGCGCCUGCGCUUUCGGUCGUGGCUCAAGGGCGCCUUGAACACGGCGCUGCUAGACAAAGGCUUCGUCGACGUCGAGACGCCGACGCUGUUCAAGUCGACGUCCGAGGGCGCCCGCGAGUUCCUCGUGCCGACGCGCCAGCGCGGGACGGCGUACGCGCUGAGCCAGAGCCCCCAGCAGUACAAGCAGGUGCUCAUGGCGAGCGGCAUCGCGCGCUACAUGCAGUGGGCGCGCUGCUACCGGGACGAGGACCUGCGCGCCGACAGGCAACCCGAGUUUUCGCAGCUCGACAUGGAGUGGGCGUUUGCGGGCGCGCAGCAGGUCAAGGACGACGUCACCGACAUUAUACUCCGGGCUCUCACGCAGCUGCCGCCGCAAAGCUACAAGGACAUUCGCGGCGAGACGAUACCCGUCGCGGGUGCGGGCGACGAGCCCCUCCCGGGCGACCAGAGUGCACAACAGGCGCACGAGAUGAGGACAAUCACUUUCGCAGAGAGCAUCGCCGCGUACGGCGUCGACAAGCCGGACCUGCGGAUACCGAACCGCAUCCACGCCAUCCCAGACCUGGAGCCCUUGCGCAACUUUGUCGGCAUGAUUACGCAUCUCCCGGACCCCACGGUCGAGGUGUUUACGUUUCCGCUGGACUGCUCGCCGACAGAGGCCCGCGCAUUCGUCAACAAGUUCAUGGACAGCCUGCCGCCCGCGCUGGGCGAGAACCCGGACGGCAAGCCGCAGAUCCUGAUUCACGAUUCGAGCCAGCCUCUGAGCGGCUUCUCGUCGCUGGGCUUCGAGUACCAGAGCGUCUUGGACCUUGCCGGCAAGGACAUCAAGGACGGCGACCUGGUCGUCUUCCAGGCGCGAGAGAAGCCGUCGGGGCAGUAUUGCCUCGGCUCGACGAAGCUGGGCGAGCUCCGAGGCAUGCUGUGGAGGGCGCUCGUCGACGAGGGCCACAUGCAGAGGCCCCGGCUCGGCGACCCGGGCUCGCUGCAGUUCGUCUGGGUGACCGAGUUCCCCAUGUUCAAGCCGGUCGAGGAGGGCGAGCCGGGGCAGGGGACCGCUGGCAUCUCGGCCUCACACCACCCCUUCACGGCACCGCUGUUGGCGGCGGACCUGGAGCUGCUCUUCACGGACCCGCUGCAGGCCAAGAGCGCCGCCUACGACCUGGUGCUCAACGGCGUCGAGGUGGGCGGGGGCAGCGAGCGAAACCACAUCGCCGAGGUGCAGGAGUUCAUCAUGCGCGACGUGCUGCGCAUGACGGACGAGCGCGUCGCCGACUUCCGGCACCUGUUCGAGGCGCUGCGGUCCGGGUGCCCGCCACACGCGGGGUUCGCCCUGGGCUUCGACCGUCUGGUGGCGCUCAUGACCGACACGCCGACGGUGCGGGACGUCAUGGCGUUUCCCAAGACGAUGAAGGGGGAGGACCCGUUUGUGCGGUCGCCCAGCAAGCUGCGGGACGAGCAGCUGGCGCCAUACGGGCUGUGCCUGAAGAGAAUUCUGCCACUCGACAGGCACCCCAACUUUGUGCGGCGCUACCCACUUUGCUCGACCUCAGCACGUAUCACCAUCACCAUCACCAUCACCAACACAUCCACCAUGUCGUCGAUGCGCAACGCCGUCCAGCGGCGGCCGCACCGCGAGCGCGCCCAGCCCCUCGAGCGGCGGCGCCUCGGUCUCCUCGAGAAGCACAAGGACUACUCGCUCCGCGCCCAAGACUACAACAAGAAGCAGAAGCAGCUCAAGGCGCUGCGCCAGAAGGCGGCCGACCGCAACGAAGAUGAAUUCUACUUUGGUAUGAUGUCGCGCAGCGGCCCCGGGGCGCGCAUCAAGGGAGGGCGGCGCUGGACCGGCACAGUCGACGGCGACCGCGGCAACCGCGCCAUGAGCGUCGACGAGGUGCGCCUGCUCAAGACGCAGGACAUUGGCUACGUGCGCACCAUGCGCCAGGUCGUCGCCAAAGAAGUACGCCGGCUGGAGGAGCAGGUGGUGCUGACGCGGGGCCUGGACCGGCUGGACGAGGACGAAGACGACGACGAGGCGCUCGAUGACGAGGACGAGGACGACAUGCCGAUGCCGACCAAGCCCAAGGCCCCGCGCAAAAUUCUCUUUGUCGACGACGAGGAGCAGCGGGACGAUGCAAUGGAGGAUGCGCUGGAAAAGGCAGAGGAGGAGGAAGAUGACGAGCCCGAGGCGGCGGCCGACGACGACGACGACGACGACCCCGAGUUCGAGCGCGCCAAGGCACUGCGGCGGCUGAAACGACAGCUGGACAAUGCACGCAAGAAGCUCAAGGUGCUGACGGACACGGAGGAGAAGCUGGGCGUCCAGCGCUCCAAGAUGGCCAAGACGGCGACGUCGGGCGGCAGCACGAGGAGGGGCAAGAAAAUCAUGGUGCGGACACGGAAGCGAUAG